CCAUGAUGCCUGCUCUCCCCCAUCGAUCUUCCUCAAAUCUUCCUACUCUGCACCUCCCCAAUCCAUGCUCGCCGCCACUUACUUCAGCGGGCGGCCGCUCCGUCUGCUGCUGGAGGCGUGCACGCCUGCUCCACAGAGCGGCUUCAUGGCCUAGGUAGCAGCUCAAGCUUCGGCGUUGGAUGUGCCCGGCCGGCCGCUUCAUCCAACGACUUGAUUGCACAGGCCCAGAUUGUACCCUCCUCAAGACUUGAUUUUGCCCCAAAACUCUUUCCCCCAUCACAGCCCCAAACUCCCAAUCGAUCCCUUUCUUGGACAGUUAUUUUUUUAAUUCAUUUUCACCACAUUUGCAUAUUAUCUUUUCAAAUUGACGCAGAAGCUGCCCGCAAAACCAUCCCCGGCUACGGAUCGAUUGUGGAUUGGACAACCUUUAGGCAAAUUUGGUUGUAAUCUGGAGUCUUGAGGCUAAUUACAGGCAGAACUGAACUGAACCUAAUAUGGCUUCUUUGCCAUUGGCCACCGCCGAAGUAUGUGACUCCAAUGCUGGUUUAAUUCUGAAUGGUGAUCUUCGUGCCCUCCAACCAAUCUUCCGUAUCUAUGGAAGGCGACAGAUUUUUGCUGGCCCUGUUGUGACACUGAAGAUCUUCGAGGACAACGUUCUGCUCCGUGAGUUACUGGAGGAGAAAGGUCAUGGCAGGGUCCUGGUGGUCGAUGGUGGCGGGAGCACGCGCUGCGCUAUUUUGGGCAGCAACCUCGCUCAGCUAGCGCAGAACAAUGGGUGGGCUGGCAUUGUGAUUGAUGGUUGCAUCAGGGACGUCGAUGAGAUCAACGGCUGUGAUGUUGGCAUCCGUGCUCUAAACUCACAUCCCAUGAAGUCGAACAAGAAGGGUGUCGGUGAGAAGCAUGUCCCUGUGACCUUUGCAGGAACCAGAAUUUGUGAUGGCGAGUGGCUGUAUGCUGAUUCUGAUGGUAUCCUUCUCUCAAAUUCAGAAUUAACAGUGUAGACCUGCUCCAUCCGUAUCCAGUGUGUAGUGGGCGCUUCAAAGGAAGGCAUAUCACAUGUCAUGUUGGUGCUAUAUAUUGUCUGAACUUUAUGUAACUAGUAUCCUGUUGAAUCACAUGACUAGUGGGAAUAAUUUGUAUUUCCAUAGUUACUAAGUCUUUUCAAUUCACCGUUUGUAAAAAAAUUUUUGUGGCUUCCCGGUUUCAUAUUUGUAAUUUUUUCAGUUACUAAUUUGUAAAUUUUUAGCACGGCCACUUUCAUUUCUAGGACCAAAGGCAAGGCCUUUCCAACGUUUAGCAGACCACAAACUUCCCCA